GUAGUAUUUACAUCCUCUUUGAUGGUGAUUGGUGAUUGAUUAUUGAUAAUACAAAUCAGCUGUGCUGGGUACGGGGAGUAAGGGGACUCGCAACUCGUGCGAAAUGUGAAUAGCAUACAAAUUGAAGAGUAUCCCCACUACGUACACGGAAAAACAACUUUCACAAUGAGUGCUGCAAUGUUCGCUAGAGUAACGUUCUAUCCCACACUUCUUUACAAUGUUUUAAUGGAGAAGAUGACAGCUAGACGCUGGUAUGAUAGAAUGGAUGAUUCGCUGAUACUUGGAGCCUUACCAUUCAGAAAUAUGACCAAACAGUUGAUCGAAGAAGAGAACAUAAAGGGAGUGGUGUCCAUGAAUGAGACAUACGAGCUGAAGAUAUUCUCCAACGAUGCUGAGAAAUGGCGGGAACACAAUGUGGAAUUCUUGCAGCUUGCGACCACAGACAUAUUCGAGGCGCCCGACCAAGAGAAACUGUAUGAGGGAGUCAGGUUCAUCAACAGGUUUUUACCUCAAGAUCAGCGGAUACCUGGAGUUCCCACAGACUCCAUAGUCGGUAGUGGGACUGUGUACGUUCACUGCAAGGCCGGCCGUACGAGAAGCGCCACGCUGGUAGGAUGUUAUCUCAUGAUGAGAAACGGCUGGUGUCCUGACGAAGCUGUAGCCUAUAUGAAAGCCCGUCGCCCCCAUAUCCUGCUGCACACCAAGCAAUGGCAAGCUCUCGACAUAUUCUACGGCAGACACGUACGAAAAGAAAAUACAACUACCCACAAUUCUCAUUCACACACGCCCUCAUAGAACUCUAAUAAAAAGUGGUCUCUUUUGUUAUUUUAUAGAUCAGAUAGUAUUAUGGUAAUGCUAAUUGUAACUAUAAUGUCUAAAUCAUCGACGAAUGCCCUCCAAUCACUACGUGAAACUGUAGGAGGACUUGGCAUAUUCUGCCGCAUAAAUAACUAAGUGUUCAGCGGAAUUGUUCAGAAGAUUAAUAAAAUUAGGCAUUAUUUUAUGGGAAUCCAUUGGUAAUAAAAAUAUAUGAGACUAUAAUUGUAAAAUUGUUGAAUCACUGCGAAACGUGUUUCGCUUCUACAUGUGGAAACUUAAGAAGCUGUUGAUUCUCUAUACUUUGGUACGAGAGUGGGGAGAAACUUCUAGCCCCACACACGUACUUUGUGGGAUCAGUUGCAGCAUUUUCGAUACGCGAAUAGCGUACUCUAACCACAAAUACCUCUGUAACAAAUUGUAUGUAUAUGUGCACUAACCUGUCAAUAAUAUUAUUAUCUGCAUCAGAAAGUAAAUGACCAAAACUGAUUAAGUCGGUCUCGUGAUAGGCACCCUCCAGGCCCGAACCAAAAUAGUGUUUGCACUUCAUGUAACUAACUCUGUUCCUAACUUAUAUUAUAUAGAAAACUACUAAUACAUUCAUCAUGCGAUGUAUUACUUUCUAGCGGAGUUUAUUAUUUUACUUAGAAUAUAUAUGAAUAUAAAAGAAAUACUUUCUAUAAUACAAAAAUAUUGUAUUUCAAUAAUCUGUAAAUCGAAUCGAGCAGAUACUGAGUUCAUUUGUCUUACCUGUCUUCGUUUUAAUCUGAAAUAAAAGUCGCAUUAUUGUAAAUACUUACUUAUAAAUUAUAUUUACACAACAUAUUUUCUGUUACUUUCAUUGUUUAAAUUUCACUAUAAGUAUAUGAAACAUUUCGACUUUAAGAUUUUUUAUUGACACUAUCGUAUUAAUCAAAAAUCUUAAUGUGUUAUGGACUGAAAAUUAGUACGAUGGCACAACGUUUGUUUAAUUUAUGUUUUGUAAAAUAUAAGAAUUAUGUUUUGUAAAAUAUAAGAAUUAUGUUUUACACUUACUUGUGUAGGUAUAUUAUAUUUAAUAAAUGACAUAUCAUUAUAAA